ACGUUAUUAGUAAUUCACCGUUUUGAAAAUAUUGAGGAAUCGUGAAACAGUAAAAGUGGGGAGGUUAUAGAGUUUAUUAUUUAUUGCAGUUGCACGAGCAUACAAUAUAAAUACAUCUCAAAAUUGAGCAAUGCAAAUUUCGAUCCAUGUACUUCCUCGGAUUGUUUUUAUCACUUAGUAGCAAAUCUAGUGAUAAAACGGUUAGUUCAUUUUCUUUUGAUUUUUUAAAUUUUCGACUAAUUUUUCUUUCUGUUGCUAUAGAUCUUCAGCGCUAAGCAGGAUGUUUAUCAAAGAGUGUCAUUCGAUUGGUUCUAUGCGUAUUAUCCAUCGCCAUUAAAAUUUAUCCUUACGAAGACAGAACAGAUCAGUGCGAAUUGCGCAAAAGCUUUCUUCACCAAUCUAGGAACUCUUUAAAACCCAUUCGAUUAAAACCCAUUCCAGCCACACCGUAUUGGGAAUGUUGACGAGAGUAUCCAACAAUGCCCACGAAAUCGGUGAAAUUGAUAGCAAAAAGGGGAUCCGCUGGAUCGGACAGAAGACAUCGGCCGAAAGACCCAGGGGCCCAAUCGAUUUCGCCAUUUUAUAUUUUGCACGAAAAAAUAUGUAUAAUAUUUUUAUGGAAAAGGCUGCAAAUAGCGCGAUUGAUAUCAUCAAUGAACCUAGGUGGAUGACUGCUACAGAAAUCGUGGACUUUAUGUCAAAUUUUAUAAAGCACCCGAAUGCAUCCGCAUAUUCCCCGAUUCUAUCGCUUUUGUAUAACAACACUUCCCAUCUCAGUAUCGAAGCUGUAGACAUGGCAAUUGCUCAUGGGAUGAUGAUGAUCAUUUCUCCCCCAUUGUUCACAUCGCAUGCAACCAUCAGAUAACCCACAACAAAGUUCACACUUCACACUGAUGACACAACCAUUUCUUGAAAACUGCACAGGAUACUAUGGCGGUUUUAUUGAGGUUACAGGAGAGGGCUGAGUACUGGUUCGCAGUCAAUGGAUUAUAUUUGAAUGAUUUUCAAUGACAAAAGGCUUUUCAUAUGAAUAAUAGUAGCUGUGACUAAAAUGUCUGAUUCCGAAGAGGAAGCUAACGAGAAACAGUUGAAAGUCGUAUUGAUGGGAGAGCAAAUGGUUGGAAAGACUAACCUAAUAAAAAAAUUCUGUUUUGAAGAAUUUUCUAGAAUUUACGUGCCCACAAUAGGAGCCGACUUUUAUGUCAAAAGACUAUCGUUUUUGGGAAAUAAAGAGGUUACAGUUAGACUCACUGAUGUAAGUGGAUUAGAACUCAACGGGCACAUGAUGGCAACUUAUUUGUUUCAAGUUAACAUUAUAAUCUUGGUAUAUGAUAUAACCAGCCAUCCCAGUUUUGAUUCUUUGGAAAAUUGGCUGAGCAAAAUUAAAAGUAUUUCGCCAGAAGAAAUGGUUAUAACCACUUUUGGAAAUAAAUGUGAUAUAGAACAUAAAAGGGCGGUCAGGUUAGACAGAACAAACCAUUUUGUACAUGAGAAUAAACUAAGCAAUUAUUUCGUGUCUGCCAAGACAGGAGAAAAUGUAGGUAAAUUCUUCAUUUAUAGAAAUAAUAGCAAAAUAUCUAGGUAUGCCGUUAAGUAGCCAGGAGAAGGACAAACAACUAUCUGUGCUCAAAGUAGAACUAAUACCUAAAACUCCUAUUGUAGAAAAACAAGUUGCACACAGAAACAAAAAACAAACUAAAGUUAAACAACCGAUUAAGUCGAAAGAUUCUUGUUUAAUGCAGUAGCACUUAAUUUAUUAAAAUUAAAAAUUAGAAAAUAUCAAA